UGUCACACUGGGGCAUUGUCCUCACCAGCCCAGCAAAAGCCCUCCAGGACCCUCGUCUGCUCUCUGUGCCUCUCUCCAGAGGGGCUUCUCAGGCUCCAUGUAGCAGAAGCCACAGUGGAUAUGUGCCGAGAGACUCAGUGUCCAGGCCCAGCCCUGCCACCUAUCCUUGGUCUUAUUCCCCAUGUGGCCUCAAGGCUUGUCUGCUCUGUGGAAUCCAACCCUGCUCCCUGAGUCAGGUUGGGACUGCACUUACUGUGGGAGGCAGUGUCCAUCCAGGUUUUGGCACACGGAGCUUCUGUCCCUCCUUCCUCACUCUAGGUCACCAUGGGGACAGCCACCUUGGGUCUCCACUGGGCAGUGCUCCUCCUCCCUCUCAUGGUAUUUGGGGUCCCCACCGAGGAGCCCACUUCUGGGGAAGCUGUGGCCUCCAACCUCCCUGGAGGCUGCCGAUGGUGCUGUGACCCCGAGGACUCCCUCACCCCUGCUGAUGCUGCAGAUGUGUUCCCAGCCUCCCUGUCUGGCCUCCCCUAUGUCCUGCCUGAGGUCAGGCCAUACAUCAACAUCACCAUCCUGAAGGGUGACAAGGGGGACCGAGGCCCACUGGGUAUACCAGGGAAGCCGGGCAAGGAGGGUCCCCGAGGAGACCGUGGCCCUCAGGGCACCAAGGGCGCCAAGGGGCAGGCGGGCAGCCCCGGUGGCCCGUGCCAGACACGCUUCUCGGCCUUCUCUGUGGGCCGCAAGACGGCGCUGCACAGCAGCGAGGACUUCCAGCCGCUCAUCUUCGACACGGUCUUCGUGAACCCGGACGGGCACUUUGAUAUGGCUGCUGGUCACUUUGUCGCCCCUCUGCGUGGCCUGUACUUCUUCAGCCUCAACGUGCACAGCUGGAACUUCAAGGAGACCUACGUGCACGUGGUGCACAACGACGAGGCGGCCGUCAUCCUGUACGCCCAGCCCAGUGGCCGCAGCAUCAUGCAGAGUCAGAGUGUGAUGCUGGCCCUGGCGCCCGGCCACCGCGUCUGGGUCCGGCUGUUCAGGCGCGAGCGGGAGAAUGCCGUGUACAGCGACGACGUGGACACCUACAUCACCUUCAGCGGCCACCUCAUCAAGCCAGAGGACGACUGAGCAGCCCCUGGUCACCCAGCAGGGCAGCUCGGGUGCUGGUGGCCGUGGGCAGGUCCUGUCCACCCACGGGGCUGGGUUGCCUCCUCUGGGGAGUGGGGAGCCCCUCUUCAUUC